AAGAGGGAUAUUUGUAAGUCAAUCACCGAGUGGCAAGUAAAGAUCUGUUUGGGGGCCUUUUACUUUUAAGUGCCAUCGUUUCAUUAGUAUUUUGCAAACUCUAUAACACCUUUAGCAAGCUCCAUGUGUUUCCUUUUUAGCACGAAGCAGAGGAAACUGGGGAAGAACCAGAAAAGAGGAAUGCAAUAUAGUUUGCUAGUUCAAGUGGCACCGUUCAUUGUGUUGUUAUGGUGUUUAAGCACAACAGCGUCGGGAACAGAAGCACCGACGGCAAAGCCUAACUGUUCAAGAGAUUGCGGAGGUGUUAGCAUACCAUACCCUUUCGGGAUCGGACCUAACAGAGAUUGUUACUUUGAUGAAGGGUUUGAAAUAAGCUGUAACAAGACAACCGGGUACGCGCCUGUCUUAAGACAAACCAGCCUUGAGGUACUGAAUAUUUCUAUUGCCGAUGGCACAAUUCAGGUCAAAAACCCUGUCGCUUUCUUCUGUGGUGGGAAGAGCGGUCGUCAACCGGCUAAUUUGACGGGAACCCCUUUUGUAUACUCCGAGAGACACAAUAGAUUCACUGCAGUGAGUUGUGGCUACCUUGCGAUGGUGGGCUCAGAUGAGUAUCUUGUUGGUGGGUGCAGGUCAAUUUGUGAGGGGACUAGUAUAAACUAUGGUAACUGUGAGGUUGGUAUAAAUUGUUGCCAGACUACCAUUCCACCGCAUCUCAGUGCUAUCAGUACGGACAUAAUAAAAGAUAAUAGAGGAAGAGGAGAUGAUUGUAAUAAUGCUUAUGCAUUCCUUGUCGACAAAAACUGGUUUAGGAGCAUUGCAAGUGUUUCCAAUUUCAGUGUCAAUGGGGAUACAGAGAACGUUCCAGUGGUUCUACGGUGGAGCUUAAACUAUGACAAUACUUCUGCCAAAUUAUUUCACAGAUUCAUCGGUAGAAAUGAGUCAAGGGCAGACGAUGAUCCAAUGCCCUGUUGCACAAUUCUAAAUGCCACUUCCUUGUACAACCGGUCAAGGCUUCUAUGCUCUUGCCCUCCGGGUUUCGAAGGAAACCCCUAUCUUGGCCACCCUUGUUACGACAUUGAUGAAUGCACAGAUCAGAAAAUAUGUCGGAAUGGAGGAGCCUCAUAUUGUAUAAACUAUCCCGGGGGUUACGCAUGCUACAUCGUGGGUGAAAAGACAAGGGUCAAGCCGAUCCUUGUAGGUCUUGGUGCGGGCGUGGGACUAUUGUUACUGCUUAUCAGCGCGUGGUGGAUACACAAGGUCCUGAAGAAAAGGAAGAACAUAAAACGCAAGCAAAUUUUCUUCAAACGAAAUGGUGGUUUAUUAUUAGAGCAACAAUUAUCUUCAGGUGAAGUUAAUGUGGAGAAAAUCAAGUUGUUCAAGUCGAAGGAGUUGGAGAAGUCUACCGACAAUUUCAACGUCGAUAGAAUUCUUGGGCAUGGAGGCCAAGGUACUGUGUACAAAGGCAUGUUGGCUGAUGGUAAAAUUGUUGCUGUAAAAAAGUCCACAAUUAUUGAUGAAAGCCAACUUUCAGAUUUCAUCAAUGAGGUUGUAAUUCUUUCACAAAUCAACCACAGACAUGUUGUUCAACUAUUGGGUUGCUGCUUGGAGACUGAAGUUCCGCUUUUGGUUUAUGAAUUUAUUCCGAAUGGAACACUUUCCCAGUAUAUCCAUGAGCAGAAUGAGGAGUUUCCACUUACAUGGGAAAUUCGCUUACGAAUUGCCACAGAAAUUGCAGGAGCCCUUUUCUAUUUACACGCCUCAGCUGCCUUUCCCAUUUAUCACAGGGACAUCAAGUCUACCAACAUACUCUUGGAUGCAAAAUACAGAGCGAAAGUUGCCGAUUUUGGAACUUCAAGAUCAGUUGCCAUUGACCAAACUCACCUUACCACACUUGUACAUGGCACAUUUGGAUACUUGGACCCGGAAUACUUCCAGUCAAGCCAAUUUACGGAUAAAAGUGAUGUGUAUAGCUUUGGAGUGGUCCUUGUUGAGCUAUUAACAGGACAAAAACCAAUUUCUUCUAACCGGUCACAAGAACAAGGCAGAAGUCUUGCUAAAUACUUCAUUAUUUCGAUGCAGGAAGAUCGUCUGUUCGACAUUCUUGAUGCUCAAGUUGUGAAGGGAGGGUCUAAAGCAGAUAUCGCAAUAGUUGCUAACCUUGCAAGGAGGUGCUUGAAUUUAAGCGGACGAAAACGCCCUACAAUGAGAGAGGUCAUGGCAGAACUGGAAGGAGUUCAAAUGGCAGAAAAGGCUACUUCUCACGGUGGAAAGAAUUACGAAGAGGUUGAAUAUCUGAGGACUGAAUCAGUUGAGCCAUGGGAUGUUAUUUCAAGCUCAACUGACACAGGGCCUGCUGUGGAUGGUGGUGCUUCAUCACGAAUGCAUGAAAUCCCUCUCUUACCUUUCAAGUCACUGUGAACAAUAAUUCUAUAUUUCUAAAUUUUAAAUAUUGUAAUGAAUGUUCCAGUUUCAUAUAUUUAGGUUUUUCAUUUUUUUCUUGAAACUCUUCUGUCAGAGUGAAUGAGACUACAGUUUGAAC